CUGCCAUUGCGCGUUGCUUCCUUUCUAACGCACGGUCCAGACCAUGGCUUGCUCGGCAGUUACAUGUUUUCGCUGGAUGAUUUUCCUUUGUGUGGUUUUUACUGAAAUUACAGGGCGGCAUCUGCACAAGUCUUCCGCUGAAACGGAACAUAAUGUAGUGGAAACCGAUAAUAUAGCAACGCAGACGACGUCGUCAGUUUUAUUAAAUAACACAUCAAGAAAAGACGAAAAGGAUUCUGACUAUUCGUCGUUUGGCUGCUGUGAGAGAAAAUCUAAAAGUAUUGCUGUUGGUUACGAUGUUUCUGGUACGCAGAUUGAACUGGAUAUUGGCGAAUGUCGGAGAACAUGUGGACCUCAUUCACAUGGGCGUCUUAAUAGAAAAGAAUCAGCUCAAAAUGUUAGCUGGGACAGAGAAAGGUCGUAUCAUUCGUGUCCCAGAGAUUUGAGUUGCGAGCCAACUCGACUUAAAAGAGAAAAAGUUCAUUUGGUUGGGGAUCCCGUGGAAUAUGACGUCAUAGAGAACUGUGCUUGUAAGCCUGUUCCGGUGGUAUGUCGGAGACGAUCCCAACUGGUGGUCUUGUACCCUGAUUCGCCGCACCAAACGCAGAUAGACGUGGGAUCGUGUGAGGGACACUGUAGUGAUGGCGAAGGCACCGUAUGCCGUUCAACAAAAAACCAAACGAUUACAGUGGAAGGACCCAACGGUAAAGAAUGUGUGGAGAUCAUUGACGAGUGUAGCUGUGAGUCAGAAUGUUACCGUGUUCCUUAUAUGCAGUCUUACUAUGAGAUAGUCUACGACUCUGUUGUUAACAGGACGGUCCAACAGCAUAAGGAAAUUGAUAUUGGACGAUGUGUAGGAACGUGCUCAACGACCAAUCAUCUUCGAUGUGUUAUGAGAUCGCCAUCGGAUCCAAAUGUCUGCUUAAUGUCUCUGGUAAAGAAAAAUGUGAGCUGCCUGCCGAAGACAUACACAACACACCAAUUCGUAUCGCGAGGGGGCGUUGUUAAGACCGUCCUCGCUGUCAACGAAUGUUCAUGUAAAUAAAGAAACUGUUACAUUGCAAAAAGUAUAUAAAUCAACAUCUGCGUACACUGGUAUUUUCAUUUAAAACAAGGAACACAGGGAGCAUUCUCCGAUCAUACUACCAUCCUCAAGUUUUAAUCGACAGUGAACGCUAAUCGGCGGCGGCACUGGCAGAGGCGAAUGUGACGUCAUGCUAUACACGGAAGCGGAUCGUUCAUCAAAGUAUAUGCUCACCAUGGUUCAUUGAACGCGUGUUUAUUCGCACCAGCACAUCCUGUGAUUACAUGAAAACGAAUUGAACAAAAACAAUUUCCAGAUGGGCUAUACCCCCAUUUUUUUUUAUUUCAACAGGAAAUAUAUCGCAGUUAUUUUGAAGCAAGGUUUACUAUUCAAUGCAUGUCCAUGACUAGUUCAUAACACGACCCGUAGUGCUUCAAGCAAAAGACGAUUCAAAUCUAUAUUGCAAUUCUGGCACAAACAAAUGACGGCCGCAGUAACGUUGACUUAUGUGAGCAAGCUGCACAAAGCGUGCACAAUCUGAUACGAUGUUGUGUUCUAUACUACUAGUAUAUUCCCUUUGUACAUAUUACCACGUAUCCUAUUACCAUUUCUGUAAAAUAUAUUAAUAAAAAAAUCUACAAAUGA